AUGGAACGUUUGUGCGCGGAACGAACGCAACUUAGAAGAUUCUUCACGAUUACCGCGAAUGGUUGUGAAGAAACCUUUGGAAAACCUGAGGCAACCGUCGAGGAGGUAACUGUUGCUUUUAUGAAGCUUACCGACAAGGCUGAUAGGCUUUUUCUUCUCGAUGAUAAAGUAAAAGAAAUUAUGUUUGAGUCAUUGGAUCAGCUCAAAGAAGAAGAUUUAGGUAAGGAGUUUGAAACUGUGGAGAAGUACAGGGACACCUGGCUAACUUUGAGUGCUAGAAAGAAUGAGUUACUGAAAAAAGUCAAGGCCAACACAGCGUGUCCUACCGAAGUUUCUUCUGCUGGUCCUAGUGAUAACCUCACCUUCAAAUUACCUAAGUUGGAUCUCCCAAAAUUCGACAUCACGCCUAAAACAUGGAUCAGUUUUUGGGCAUAUUUCAAGAAAAUCCAUGAAAGAGAGGACCUGCCUUCUGAGGAUAAGUUCUUGAUUUUGUUGCGUAUUGCCAAGGAUGGUACCCAAGCAAAGGAACUGUUGAGUAGCUAUCCUGCAUCGGGGGCCAAUUAUCCGAAGGCUUUUGGCCAACUGAAAAACCGUUUUGGCCGUGAUGAAUUGCUGAUUGAGUUGUAUGUUAGGGAGCUACUCUCAUUGGUCUUGGUACAGGCAUCGGGCAAAGUUUCUUUGACUCCCGCACAGUUUUAUGACAAGCUAGAAACCCAACUAGUGGCCUGGGAGAGUUUGGGAGUUACAUCAGAAAAAUACGCGUGCAUGCUCGCGCCGUUAAUUGAAUCCGCACUUCCUGAGUCAAUUUUGCGGGAAUGGGAGCGUAAGCGGAAGUCGUCCGGUACUGAUGAAUCCCUCUUUGAGGCUGCAGAUCAAAUGGUCAAGUUGCUCUCUCUUUUCUGA